AUGUAUCUGCCAUGGACUAGGAUAACCGUAAAAGAACACCAAACUUUCUACAUGAGCGACCAGAAAACUCCUCUGAAAUUGAAAUCGCAUAUUAAAAUGACUUUCGGUCCUCCAACAAAAGCAAAUUGCAAACUACAAACGACAAUUGCAAGAAACUCUACAACACAUCAAUUAAAUAAUCAUUUGCUUGCCAUUUUCGAAUACCAUCUUCAACCCUCACUCAAUUUUCUCAACCAAAGAAUACGAAUUAUACCACAGUGUAAACAUGUCUCCCUGGCUCGCACCUCUGCAACUCACAAAUUUAUCAACAAAAGCAAGCACAAUUUGCACCCGGAAAAAGCUGUCAAAAACGGUUCGAACCCUAGCAGACUUUCUCAAGACAACAAAAUACCACAUAAAAUCCAUAAGCACACUCCCACCAGCUUACUGCUGUCAUCCUGUAGGAAUAGCGUUUCUAACAUCUAUAACACACACCACGUGACCCUCAAUUUCUGA